CGCUCAGCUGCAGAGAGAGAGAAGCCGAUCCGGAUGGAGUAUUCUGCGGGCGAUGUGUCUCUCGGAGGAUGAUCGCCUGUGUGUCUGUAGCCAUGCUUCGUACCAGGGUAUUAGCGAUGUCUCUGGCUGCCACACGGAAGUUGUGCAUGUCCCCUCGGCAGGGGCAAAGCUGUCUGCAGGGCAUGUAUACAACUGAGGAGGAGGCAGCUGUGUAUGUGCACUGGCCGUACUGUGAGAAGCGCUGCACAUACUGCAAUUUCAACAAGUACAUUGCACAGUCUGACAAUGAGGAUGCCAUCCGUUUUUGCCUGGUGCAGGAAGCUCGUACCUUGAUCCAGCUCAGUCAGGUGCGCAGAGUUUCUUCCGUGUUUUUUGGCGGAGGUACUCCAAGCCUUGCCAGCCCUUCCACCAUUAACGCAGUAUUGGAGGUGAUAUCCAAGUAUGCUUAUCUGCCACAGGAUGCAGAAAUCACUUUGGAGGCUAAUCCCACAUCCUCAAGGAAAAGCAAACUGCAGCAAUUCAGGGAUGUUGGUGUGAACCGUCUGUCUAUUGGUGUACAGUCCCUGGAUGACUGUGACCUGGCGCUCCUUGGCAGGACACAUACAGCCUCAGAUGCCCAACUCACACUACAGGAGGCAUGCAAGAUCUUCCAGGGUCACACAUCAGUGGAUGUGAUGUUUGGGCUUCCAGGCCAAAGCCUGGCAUCAUGGCACAACACCUUACACAAGCUCUUGGAACAGUGCGAUGACCACGUGUCUUUAUAUCAGCUGACCUUGGAAAGAGGGACUAUACUGUUUAAAUUGAGAGAGAAAGGACAGCUUGUUCUUCCCGAUCAAGAGCUUACUGCCCAGAUGUAUGACGAUGCCAGGUGGAUUCUACAACAGGCUGGGUUCCGGCAAUAUGAAGUUUCAAAUUUUGCCAGGAAUGAGGCGGUCAGCAAACAUAACCUGACUUAUUGGCUGGGCAAACAGUAUAUUGGCGUAGGACCUGGUGCUCAUGGACGGUUUGUAGCUCAGACCAAUGAGGGAAAACGAAGGGAAGCCCGUAUACAGACCCUGGAACCGGAACCAUGGAUGAAGGAAGUAAUGCGUUAUGGGCAUGGCACACGAAAAGUCACUAAGCAAAAUGAUUUUGAUGUCUUGUCAGAAAUGUUGGUAUUAGGGUUACGAACUGACAUUGGAAUAUCUCAUAAGCGCUGGCAGAAGCUCUCCUCGACAUUCACCUUACAUGACUUGUUUGAGGCUUCACAGGAACUGAGAGAGCUACAGAAGAAUGGACUUUUGGUGCUAGAUCUAAAUGGCCUGCGAUGCUCUUGGAGUGGUCUCGCUGUACUAGACAGCAUUUUACUGCCUAUUUUAUCACAGCUUCAAGAAUCAUGGACUCUGCAAAAGAGUAUCACCUCCCCAAUGGCCACACAAGAUCCUGGUGUGGAAAUGUGAUCAGAAUUGGACAAGAUAUUUAUUGAAUAUGCAGUUUUAUUUGCUGGUGCUAAAACUGUAUUUCUCUUACGUCCUAGAGGAUGCUGGGGACUCCGUAAGGACCAUGGGGAUAGACGGGCUC